AUGACCAUAAAAAUCUCAUUAUUACUCAUAUUCACUUUAGCAUCCUUAUGUUUCGUAUCAUUUGUUAAGGCAGAUAGAGAACAGCAGUUUGAUUAUGAUAAAAAUGUUCUUUUAUCAACUGUGAUUGGUACAAAAACUGAGCAACCAAAGCUUGAUUUACCAAAGAAUCUUACAAUUCCUCAUGAUGAUAAAUUUAAAUUCUUGUUAUACGCACGUGGUUAUCAAAUUUAUAAUUGUAAGGUAGAUAAAGAUCAUGUUGGAACUUGGAUAUUAGCUACACCUGACGCAUAUUUGAUUAAUGAAGAAACCGAAACAUUCACUCCAAAUUAUCAAGUUUCUCAUCAUUUUUUCUUAGAAGAACCAAUCAAUGAAGGAAUUGCAACUUGGGUAUCAAUAAUACCAGGUGAUGAAUCAGGAGUCACAACCAAAGUAUUGGCUACAAAUGAAGCUCCUAACGAUCCAACGAAGAACAUUCCAUGGUUAUUAACUGAAGCAACGGCCAACUAUGGUGACUAUGGUGCUUUCCAUGAUAUUACUUAUUUACUCCGCGUAAAUACACGUAAUGGUGUCGCUCCUCCUAAUGAAAGCUGUGGAACAACUUACAAAAAUGGAACCUUUCACUAUAGUGAAUAUGAUUCUGAAUAUUGGUUUUAUCAUUAG